AUGACGGGAGCGCCGGUGUCGUCUGGAGGAGGAAAGUUGGUCCCAUUGCCACCAGAUGGAGGGUGGGGAUGGGUCGUCGUCAUCGGAUCAUUCUUCGUUCACGUCUUCGCCGACGGCUUUGUCUACUCGUUCGGAGUUCUCGUCGAAACACUCAUGGAGGAGUUCCAAGCCAACAACACGAUGGCUGCUCUGAUCAUUUCACUGCUCACCGGACUCACUCUCGGAUCGGGACCAUUGGCUUCGGCUGUCUGCAACAAGUACGGAUGUCGUAUCACCACUAUCACUGGAGCUGGAGUCGCUUUCGUUGGAUGUGCUAUCUCGUACUUUGCAACUGCUAUGUGGCACAUUGUGAUCAGUGUGGGAGUCAUCAUGGGUGUCGGCUUUGGAUUGAUGUAUUGCCCAGCUAUCGUCAUUGUCACCAUGUACUUCGAAAACAAGCGUUCUCUUGCCACCGGAAUCGCCGUCGCUGGAGCAGGAGUCGGAACUGUUCUUUUCGCACCGAUCAACGCCUUCCUGAUUACAAACUUCGGAUGGCGCAGUGUCUUCCUCGCCUUCCUGUUUGUCUUGGUGCUCUGUGCCCUCUGUGGAGCUACGUUCGCCCCUUUGGAGUUCGCUUUGGUUCCAGAUGAGGAAGAGGAGGAGAACAACGAAGUCUUCGAGGAAGAUGGAAAGAAGGUCACUGCCAACGAAGCUCACGGAGAGAAAGCUACACUUCUCACGCCACCAACGAUGAUCGAGAGAUCCAUGUCUCAGAGCUCUGGAGUUCAGAGAGUUGGUGAGAAAAUCCGCCCGGCUAGCUCGGUGGGAGCGGUCGAUGUCGAGUCGCAGCCAAGAUCUCGUCGUGGAACAGUUGGAGAACGUGACUCUGGAUAUCUCAAUCGCAAGGACGUCUUCUACACUGGCUCGAUCUCGAAUGUUGCCGAAUUCCGCGAGGACCCAGACAAGUACCGCUCCACUGGAUCUCUUCAUGGACGCCACACCACCGUUGGAAGCAUCCCAGCUCACUCGACUGGAAAGUUGGACGACGUUCGCGAAGGAAGUGAAGAAGACAGCAAGGCCUUGGAUGUUAGCGAGAAGACUGAUGGAAGUGACAAUGUCGAGGGAAAGAACAUGUUCAAGACCAUCAGCAACAUGCUCUCAUUGGACCUUCUCUUAGAGCCUACCUUCUUGCUCUUCGCCAUCUCCAACCUUCUCACAUCUGUCGGAUUCAACUCUCCAUUGUACUUCCUCCCACUCCAUUCUACUAAGAUCGGUCUCGACGCAAUCCAAGGAUCCAAAGUUCUUUCAGCUUUUGGAAUCUCCAAUACCAUUGGUCGUGUCGUCUUCGGAGUCGUCGCUGAUCACAAGCUUCCACUUCCAGGUGGUCUUGGAGAGGACACUGCUCGCAAUCGCCUCUGGAUGUACAACAUCUCCUUGACUAUCUGCGGACUCCUCACAACCUUCUGCUACAAAUUCGUCGGAUUCAUGCCACUCGCCACCUACUCUGCACUCUUUGGAUUCUCUAUCGCCUCGUACAUCUGUUUGACCUCGGUCAUUCUUGUGGACCUGUUGGGACUGGACAAACUCACCAAUGCUUUCGGACUUCUUCUCCUCUGGCAAGGAAUCGGAACUGUAUUUGGACCACCAGUGUCGGGAUACUUGGCUGACAUGUCCGGAUCGUACACCCUGUCUUUCGUCUUCUGCGGUAUAAAUCUCUUGGUCUCUGGUCUCAUGCUGUUCGGAAUCCCAAUUCUCCAAUCGCGAAGAGCCAAGGCCAAGGCUGCUGCCAUCAAGAACUAG